AUGAUUUCAUUUCUGAAGAUAUUAUUUCUGAAAUCGAUAAUAUAUGAAAAUUGUUUAACAGACAACGUAGCUGAUUGUAGAUAUACGGAUUUUUAAAUCGUUGGGUUAAGUUCUUCGACUUUAGAUAGAUGUGGAAACUAAGUUAAAAACCUAUUAAUGGGCCCUUAUGGAUAUUAAACAACUGUGACCAAGACAUUAACAAAUGUUCCUCCAAAUAAUUUAAUUGAAUUAAAAGUUGGUAUUUGGAAACUAGACUCUUGGGAUAAAGAAGGAUUGGAGAUUCAUGCAAACGAUGUUUAAAUAGAAAAUUUAAAAUUGGAUUAUCAUGAUGGAACAAUGAUCUGUAGAAACGAGAUUUGGGAAGAUUUACUUUAGCCUCUUUCAUUAAGAUUUUAAAUUACAGGAACUGAUUUAAAAAUAAAGUUAAAAGACAAUCUACAAAAUAAUUCAGGUGAAGAUCUUUGGGAUGGUAUAAAUUGAAUGAUUUCUAGAAUCUUGGGGUUUCAGAGACUUUAUUUUGAGACUUGCCGUUCCAUGUGUUAACUUUUAUAGUGAAUGUAAUUACUUAGGAACAUUAUUUUAAAUAUGUUAGGGAGAAAAAUCCAAGUUACAAAAUGAAAUUCCAAGUGAAAUCAAAUCAAUUCUUAUGGGUCCUGGAAUAAUUGUAAAAUUGAGAAGUCCGAACUAUUUUGCUGGAGUAAUUUAAGAGUUCACCUCUUCAUAGCCAUGUUUGAAUGUUUAUCACGUAUUGAUUUAAAUAAUCAAUUUUAGUUUCCAAAGGUUAACUAUGAAGAAUGA